AUGUAUAACGCUACUGAACAAAUAAUAUUCUUUCGCGAUAUUGUCUCUUAUGACGAGUAUAUUAUAUUUAUUAUAAUGUGCACCGUUGUGUAUAUUACAUUAUCAUUUUUUGGAAUUAUAUCAAACACGAUGAACAUGGCAACUUUCAUCGCUAUGGGACUCAACGAUGGUGUCACGAUAUCGUUCCUGGUCUUAUCUUUCUUUGAUCUCAUCUACAUUUUAACAUCGUUUUCUCUUGGGAUCACAGUCGCUUUCUCUACUUGCGAGAGAAUAACUCCAAUCCGGUUUCCAGUAGAACCGUAUGGUUUAGUUGUGAUUCUAGGUAACAUUAUGAUACUUCUAAUUACGACCAAUGUCUUAGCCACGACGUUUAUUGCCGUUGCCCGCUGUAUGUGUGUGGUCAAACCUCUACAGUUUAAGAAUUGGUUUACUGUUUCGAGAACUGUAUGUUUCAUGGCUGGAUUUGCAAUUUUUGCUGUGGCUAUCUACACUCCAAUUCUUGCCAACAUGGGAAUGGUCACUAGACUGGACAACAAGACCAAGAUAUCUAGGCCAACCCUAUGGUUGCCGCGUCACAGAGAAGAUAUUAAAAAUGUUAUUUUCAUGAUUAUAGACAUGAUUAUACCGAUGUCUACAGAAGUUAUUGUUCUUGUAUGCAUUAUGCUUAUGGCCAACAGUCUUCAGGACUCCUUCAGAUUUAGACAGACUUCACAGAUGCAGACGUGUAGCAAAGAUAAGUCAACACAUGAUGAUAAAAGCAGCGAAGAACUCUCCCCAAAAGGCAAACUCUCUGGUAAAGAACUGCAUGUUGUCAAACAGGUAACUCUUAUUUCGGUAAUAUAUAUUAUAUGCAAUACACCGAAGAUUUUAAUCAGCCUGGCUGGAGUCAUUGAGCCAGAAUUUAGAAUCGGUAGGCGCUACAAUUAUUUCUAUAUGACUCUAAACGGUGUUAGAAAAUAUUUGGAAAUAAUUAACGCAACCAUCAAUACUUUCAUCUACUAUAGAUAUAAUACUAAAUUUAAAACUACGCUGAUUUCAAAAUGGAAUGAAAUCAAAUUGGUCUCUUACCCAUUACGGCGAUAA